AUGUCCCCUCGCCCCGUCAUCGCCAUCGCCGGCCUGGCCUGCGAAACCUCCAUGUUCACCCGCGCCCGCACACUCGCCCCCGCAUUUCACCCCCGCCGCGCCCAUGAAAUCAUCGACGAAUAUCCCUUUCUCCAGCCCGGCACAAAACUGGGCGAUGCAGCAGACUGGCGGGGGGCACUGAUCGGACACGCACUACCCGGAGGCAUUGUGGUCCGGAAAUCAUUCGAAGAGUUGGCUGACGAGAUCAUAACCCGAUUAACCGACAUUGUCGCGUCAACACAGCUGGACGGAUUAUGGUUUGAUAUACAUGGUGCUAUGUGUGUGGAAGGUCUCGACGAUGCAGAGUAUGAGCUGCUGCGCCGGAUCCGGCGGGUAAUCGGACCAGAUGUUAUUGUGUCGGCGUCAAUGGAUCUUCAUGGCAAUGUCUCGCGUGAUCUGGCGCAUCAGACUGAUCUGAUUACUUGUUAUCGAAUGGCACCGCAUGAGGAUGAGACGGAGACAAAGGAGCGUGCGUGUCGGAAUUUGGUCGAUCUACUCGCGCGUCAAAAGGAGGAGGGGCUAUUUUAUCGGCCAUUGAAAGCGUGGAUACCUCUUCCUAUCUUGUUACCUGGCGAGCAGACAUCCACGAGGGUGGAGCCGGCUAAAAGCCUCUACGAGCUGGUACCCAAGCUUGAGUCGUUGCCGGGCAUCAUCGAUGCAGCGAUUUGGGUUGGGUAUGCCUGGGCUGAUGAACCGCGCAAUUGCGCGGUGGUGAUGGUGACCGGGACGUGCGAGGAAGCCGUCGCCGCAGGGGCGGAGCGUCUAGCAAGGAAGUUUUGGGAAGUCCAUGCAGAGUUUCAUUUUGUUGGUCCGACAGGCUCAUAUGGAGAGUGUAUCGAUGCCGCAUUGAAAUCACCGAAACGACCGUCUUUCAUCUCAGACUCGGGCGAUAACCCUACCGCUGGGGGAUCUGGGGACGUCACCUGGGGGCUUACACAGCUGUUCGCGCGACCUGAGUUUAAAAAGGAGUCAGGUCCUACGGUCAUCUACGCCAGUCUGCCCGGACCACAAGCAAUACAGACCAUAGUCAAGGCGGGGGUUGGCGCAACAGUCACUGUCACGGCAGGGGCUGAGGUGGAUUACGCCCACGCGGGCCCUCUCACCAUGACUGGGCGAGUUCAUGCAAUUAAGCACGGUGAUAAAGAUGCAGUGGUAGAGGCAGUUUUACAAGUGGGCUCGGUCUUUGCGAUCCUAACGCAACUUCGCAAGCCGUAUCAUCAUGAGCACGACUUUACAGACUUGAACCUCAACCCGCGGUCUGCUGAUCUUGUCAUCGUCAAGAUAGGCUAUCUGGAACCAGAGCUCUUCGACAUGGCGGCCGAUUGGUUGCUGGCGCUGACACCGGGGGGAGUGGACCAGGAUUUGGAGCGUCUGGGACACCAUCGCAUUAGUCGUCCGAUGUGGCCGUUUGAUAAGGUGUUUUCGACACCACCAGAUAUUAGUGCAAGGAUGAUCCCGCCUUCGAACGACUUACUAGCAUAG